CGUGUUAUCAUUUCAGGAGAAAGCUUUGCCAAGCAUGGAAUCUUUGAGGAUAGAACAGAUAAUUAUGAGUACCUACACACUUCAUUCUACCCUACUAUUUCUUGCCAUCACUCCGAGCAUGAUGGUGGUAUUGGUGAAAGGCUUCUUUCUCUCUCUUUUAAUCAAGAGUCACCAGACAUUACCAUCGAGCAGCUCCAGAAUGGAAAACCCUCUACUGGCAUGCUCUUGGCAUGAGGCUAUUAUUGAAUUGACCGGCGACCUUGACCUUGAUCUCAAACUGAAACCACACGACAACGAUGAUAAUAUCAACGACGACAACGAUAACCACAAUGACAAUGACAACGAUAAUAACCACAACGAUAACCACAACGACGACGACGACGACGACGACGACGACAAUCACGACGACAACACUACUGCCACUAUCAACAGCAACAAUGUUGCCUGCGUGAGGAAACAGAUCGAUUAAACCAUGUCGAUGGGCUUCAAGAUACUCCAGCUCUGAACUUAACAGGAUUACCUUGUCCUUGAGGGGCUCUGAUGUAGUCGAUGGGUAAACCGAUUU